AUGCAGCCAUCAGACGAAGAACAUCGUCAGGCGGAGUUUCUAAACCCAUUCGGGGUUUCAGAUAGAGAGCAACGUCCACAUUCCUCGGACUCAGGACAACACCUGAGUCCAUCCGCGCCAUUCGAGAUGGCCCCCGCCGGCGCAGCACUGUCCCCCGACAGACUCAUGGUGCAGCAGCAGCACAGCAACACCCCCCGAACGUCUCAUUCCCUGGACGGCGAGACGCUGCGGCCCCGCGCAAACUCGACCAUCUCCAGCGCCGACACGGCCGUGAGAUCCCGAGCUAACUCGGAGCUGACUGCCGUGCCGACCAAGGCGACAGCAGCGGCAGCCUACGAUGAUGUCUCGCUGUCCGAGGCGCUCAACCCGGAUCCGCGCACGGAGGGGGACUUUGUCGUCGAAGACAACAAGUUCGCUUUCUCGCCGGGCCAGCUCAACAAGAUGCAGAACCCCAAGUCGCUGGCGGCGUUCCAGGCCCUGGGCGGGCUCGCCGGGCUGCAACGUGGCUUGCGCACGGAUCUGGCCUCGGGGUUGUCGGUGGAUGAGACCGAGCUGGACGGUUCGGUGAGUUUUGAAGAAGCAGCGGUGACUUCUUCAGAGUAUGGCGCGACGAAGUAUGAGCAUCACCACCACCACCAGCGGGACAAAGAGCAGCAAGUAGUGCAGCCGCCGUCAGAACCGGCUCGCCAUACGGCAUCCCCGGGCUCGGAUGCACAGUUCCAGGACCGCAUUCGCGUCUUCAGCCAAAAUCGACUGCCCGCUCGCAAGUCGACGGGCUUUCUGACCUUGUUCUGGCGUGCGUACAACGACAAGAUCAUCAUCCUGUUGACCAUCGCCGCCGUCGUCUCGUUGUCGCUUGGGAUCUACGAGACGACCAGCGAAGGGAGCGGCGUGGACUGGAUCGAAGGCGUGGCGAUCUGUGUGGCGAUCUUGAUCGUCACGAUUGUGACGGCCGCUAAUGACUGGCAGAAGGAGAGGCAGUUUGCCAAACUCAACAAAAGAAACAACGACCGAGAAGUCAAAGCCGUCCGCUCGGGUAAGGUCUCCAUGGUCUCCAUCUUUGACAUCACGGUGGGAGAUGUCCUGCACCUCGAGCCGGGCGACUCCAUCCCGGCGGACGGGGUGCUGAUCUCGGGCCACGGGGUGAAAUGUGACGAGUCUUCCGCGACCGGCGAAUCGGACCAGAUGAAGAAGACCGAUGGAUAUGAAGUCGGCCGACACCUCGCCGCCGGGACGGCGACGAAGAAACUGGAUCCGUUCCUGAUCUCUGGCAGCAAGGUGCUCGAAGGAGUGGGCACGUAUCUUGUGACCAGUGUCGGGCCCUAUUCGACUUAUGGCAGGAUCCUGCUGUCCUUGCAAGACUCGGACGAUCAAACUCCGCUGCAGGUCAAACUGGGCAAGCUUGCUAACUGGAUCGGUUGGCUGGGCUCAGGCGCUGCGAUCAUUCUAUUCUUUGCUUUGUUCUUCCGCUUCGUCGCGGACCUCCCGCACAACAGCGGCUCCCCCGCCGUCAAGGGCAAAGAGUUUGUCGACAUUCUUAUUGUGGCUGUGACGGUUAUUGUCGUCGCGAUUCCCGAGGGUCUUCCACUUGCGGUAACCCUCGCUCUCGCCUUCGCUACCACCCGCAUGGUCAAGGAGAACAAUCUAGUCCGCGUUCUCCGGGCCUGUGAAACCAUGGGCAACGCGACCGUCAUCUGCUCGGACAAGACAGGAACACUCACGCAGAACAAGAUGACCGUGGUCGCCGGGACGCUCGCCACUAGGAGUUUCAGUCAGAAUGUGGACGAUGGCGCUCCAGGCUCUACGGCCGCCGAGCUCUUCAAGCAGAGCUCCAGCAGGCUGCGUGACCUGGUCACUAAAAGCGUUGCGCUGAACUCCACCGCCUUUGAGGAAGAGAAGGACGGACAGAAGCAGUUCAUCGGCAGCAAGACCGAAGUAGCAUUGCUACAACUGGCUAAAGACCAUCUCGGCAUGGACGUGACGCUCGAACGCGCUUCGGCGGAGAUUGUGCAGCUCUUCCCCUUCGAUUCGGCGCGCAAGUGCAUGGCUGUGGUCUAUCGCGAGCCCGCUGUUGGCUAUCGCCUGCUUGUCAAAGGCGCCGCCGAGAUCAUGGCGGGUGCGUGCGCUACCCACAUCACUGAGAAGGAUUCCAGCAAAGACGGGCUCGGCAUCGACGUACUGCACGAGCACGACAAGCAGGAGAUGCUGGCACUGGUUGAAUCGUAUGCCAGCCAGUCGCUACGGACUAUUGGCAUGGUGUAUCGCGAUUUCCCGAGCUGGCCGCCCCACGCCGUCCGACGCAUGGAGGACGAGCCCGAGUCUGCAGUGUUUGAUGAUAUCUUCCAGGACAUGACCUGGGUCGGGGUGGUUGGCAUUCAGGACCCCCUUCGGCCUGAGGUUCCAGCUGCCAUUCGCAAGUGUCAUGCGGCCGGCGUGCAAGUCAAGAUGGUCACUGGCGACAAUCUUGUCACUGCCAGCGCCAUCGCUUCCUCGUGUGGCAUCAAGACUGAAGAGGGGAUCGUCAUGGAAGGCCCCAAGUUCCGGCAACUGUCCGACGACGAGAUGGAUCGAGUGAUCCCGCGCCUUCAGGUGCUGGCACGCUCGUCGCCCGAGGAUAAACGGAUCCUGGUCGCCCGGCUCAAGAAACUCGGCGAAACCGUCGCUGUGACUGGAGACGGCACAAACGACGGGCCGGCGCUGCGGACAGCUGAUGUUGGGUUUUCCAUGGGCAUUGCAGGCACGGAAGUCGCCAAGGAGGCUAGUUCCAUCGUUCUGCUCGACGACAACUUCAAAUCAAUUGUCACUGCGAUCGCCUGGGGUCGUGCCGUCAACGAUGCGGUGGCCAAGUUCCUUCAGUUCCAGAUCACCGUCAACAUUACUGCCGUCAUUCUGACUUUUGUGUCCUCGCUGUCCAGCAGCGAUAACCAGAGUGUUCUGAAUGCGGUGCAGCUCCUCUGGGUGAACCUGAUCAUGGACACGUUCGCAGCGCUCGCCUUGGCGACCGAUGCGCCGACGGAGAAGAUCCUCGAUCGGAAGCCGGUGCCGAAGAGUGCGUCUCUGUUCACCGUGAUCAUGUGGAAGAUGAUUCUGGGCCAGGCCCUCUAUCAACUCGCCAUCACCUUCAUGCUGUACUUCGGGGGGAGGCACAUCAUUGGCUCCCAGCUGGGCAGCAAGAACCCUCAACUGGUCCUGGACACGAUCGUGUUCAACACGUUCGUCUGGAUGCAGAUCUUCAACGAGUUCAACAAUCGACGGCUCGACAACAAGCUCAACAUCUUCGAGGGCAUGUUCCGCAACUACUGGUUCCUCGGGAUCAACUGCAUCAUGGUCGGCGGGCAAAUCAUGAUUGUGUUUGUGGGCGGCGAGGCCUUCGGUGUCACCCGGCUUAAUGGGGUGCAGUGGGCGAUCUGCAUCGCCUGCGCUCUGGGCUGUCUGCCUUGGGCGGUGGUGCUGCGCCUGAUCCCCGACAGACCCUGCGAGAUUGCGCUGAACUUCGCCGUGCGCUGUAUUACCUUUGUCACGAAGCCCAUCGCUCGGGCGAUGGGAUGGCUGGCCGCGGGUGUCAGAUCCACCGUGCGGCCCCUCACGCGGACGACGAAGCGUGUUUUCUUCCGGCGCCGGGACGCGGAUCCUACUGCUGAGGCCGAGGCUGAGGCCCUGCCGGACGAGGAGGCGGGCAGGACGUCGUUGCAGGAUCUCAAACGAGAGUCAACUCCUGAGGCACCAUCUACCACGAUCCCGGUGCCUCCAAUCACCAUCACGACCUCUUGA